AUGAACAAUCACGCACAACUCCAAAGAGCGCUAAACCAGAUCCAGAAGAAACAUAAAGAUCCUGCACCUCCGAUCGAUUUCACAAUUCACCAGCUGGAGGAUGGAAACACGAUCAGCACACAAGAACGAGUCGUCAAAGAGGUUCAGGCGCCAGCCAUGUUUACGCCUACUGAUGAACAGUUCUUCUCAUCAGUGGAUCCCUCAAAACCGGACAUCGCAUUCCUCAAGAACCACUUCUACAGAGAAGGUCGUUUGACCGAAGAGCAGGCGAUGUAUAUCAUCACGAAGGCAACAGACCUUCUGAGACGCGAGCCAAACCUACUGGAAGUUGAUGCUCCGAUAACAGUUUGUGGUGACAUUCAUGGUCAAUAUUACGACUUGAUGAAACUCUUCGAGGUUGGAGGGAAUCCAGCUGAUACAAGAUAUUUGUUCUUGGGUGACUAUGUUGACCGAGGUUAUUUCAGCAUCGAGUGCGUGCUAUACCUUUGGUCUCUCAAGAUUUGGUAUCCCGACACCUUGUUCCUGCUUCGAGGCAACCAUGAAUGUCGACACUUGACUGAUUACUUCACCUUCAAGUUGGAGUGCAAGCAUAAGUACUCCGACAGAAUAUAUGAUGCCUGCAUGGACUCGUUCUGCACGCUUCCCCUUGCUGCAAUCAUGAAUAAGCAAUUCUUGUGUAUUCAUGGUGGCCUUUCGCCCGAGCUGCACACUCUCGAUGACAUAAGAAGUAUCAACCGCUUCCGCGAGCCACCCACUCAGGGUCUCAUGUGCGAUAUUUUGUGGUCCGAUCCGAUUGAAGAUUUCGGGUCAGAGAAAACGAACGAAGCUUUUGUGCACAACCAUGUGCGAGGCUGUUCAUAUUUCUUCACAUAUCAGGCGGCAUGCGCUUUCCUUGAGCGAAAUAACCUACUUUCAAUAAUACGGGCACAUGAAGCACAGGAUGCAGGGUAUCGCAUGUAUCGAAAGACUCGAACUACGGGCUUCCCUUCCGUCAUGACCAUAUUCAGUGCCCCCAACUAUCUCGACGUCUAUAAUAAUAAGGCCGCUGUCCUCAAGUAUGAGUCCAAUGUUAUGAAUAUCCGGCAGUUUAACUGCACCCCACAUCCUUACUGGCUACCCAAUUUCAUGGACGUGUUUACAUGGAGUAUGCCAUUCGUGGGCGAAAAGAUCACGGAUAUGCUCAUUGCUAUUCUGAGCUGUUGCAGUAAGGAGGAGCUGGAAGAAGAAGAAGAGGACGAAUACAUCGAAGCGGAGUCUCCGACGGUUGAGAAGGAUGAACGUCGGAAGAUCAUCCGCAACAAGAUCCUCGCUGUGGGACGUAUGUCUCGCGUCUUCUCUCUGCUUCGUGAGGAAUCCGAGCGGGUGUCCGAACUCAAAAAUAUGUCCGGAACAAACAGGCUACCAGCUGGUUCAUUGGCGGCUGGGGUAGAAGGCAUCAGAAAAGCAAUCUCGAACUUCGAAGACGCACGUAAAUCCGAUAUCGAGAACGAACGCUUGCCGCCUGACCUCAUUGACCCCGAGGAAUCUCUUCCACACUUCUCCAACCCUAGCACCCCGACCACUGAUAGUGGACCUAGCACACCUUUACCUACGCAUCCGUUUCCUGUAUCACACCCUGCGCCGCUUCCGCCGCCAUUCGGUCAAGCGUCUGUAAGUCCGACUAAUGGUCCUGCGCUCGCGACGCCAUUCCGCAGGGGUCAUGGACGGCAGUCAAGCCUAGGUACCACCAUGACCAGUCCUAGCAACAGGCGGAGGAGCAUCGAAAGCACAAUUUCACUCAUCAAAGAAGCUGCAGAAGGUAGCAGUGACAAUGAUGAUUCGGACCUGAGGAAUUUGGCAGACAGGGUAACGUCUCCUACUCGAUUGCAGGGUCGUGGCCCUUUCUAUGAGAAAUGAUUCGUAUUCCCUCCUCGGUUCUCCUAAUAUAACUU